UCGUUUCAUUUUCAAGAUCAGAAACAAUUUUUUGUUUCUCCCGCCUUUAUUUAAAAUACUGUUAAAAACAAGCAGUGCAAUAAAUCCACGGAGCACUGCCAUCUCUAAGAGGUCUUACCACAAUGGAGCGACUAAAUGAAGACCUGUGGAUAUAUAUUCUCAAUUAUUUGCCAAUGCAAGACCAAUUGUCCGUGGCAUCGGUCAAUGCGAAUAUACAGUCCUAUGUGCGGUACUUCUGGCGGCAUUUGAAAAAUGUCCAUCUAACUGUUGAAGUCCUGGAGGAUUUUCGGUCAAAAAAGUCUCUUAUGAGUGAUUCUGUACCGUACUGGGCUGGUUCGGUGCAGAAUUUGAAGAUAACCAGAGGCAGGAUGCAGAUGCUGAGGAAUUUGCACGCAUUUUCAUUCCCCCACGUUCAAAAGCUUGACUGCGAAAUGGAGUAUAAUCUGGACUAUGGCGAUGAGGAGACCAUGUUGCUCACGGUGCUGUUUCCGAACCUGACCCAUCUCACGCUCAACAGCAGCACCACCGGCUACCACCUUUGGCGCUGGAAACAAUUAAAGGAGCUUAAUCUAGUCUGGUGCGAAUACUUGGACACUUUUACCUUCGAGGAAGUUUUCAAAAACCUGAAGCUGAAAAAGCUAAAACUGUUGUACUAUGGCUACAAUGUCACUUUAGACUCUGGAGUCACAGACAUCACCUACUGCACAACCCUUGAAGAGCUUGUCAUCGACGACCAUCAUUUGCUGGGGGAGUUCCUCCCUCGAUUGGUACGUUUGCCCAACUUCCGCCGUUUGGCGUUCUACACCCGGGAUUACUACGAAGGUUUGCUACACAAUUUGGCCAAAGUGGCUCCUCUCAAGGUGCGGUCGCUCCUGUUCAAUGAUGCCUUUUGGAGUAGCGAACGGGUCACCGAUGCGAUGGGGAAGAUGUCCAAUCUUCGUCGGCUAGUCUUUCAGGAUGACGACAUUGAGUCACAACUUCUACACACCGUUUGCCACAAGCUGAAGCAUCUGGAAGAGCUACACCUGCUGAAGAUGCGCGACCUCCCCACUCCCAAUCAGCUCUGGGACAUGGUGGGCGCCUGCCCUUCGCUUAAAAUCCUCAAUUUGUCGUCCACUAAGCUGUGCCAGCAGUUCAUCGAGCCAAGUACUUCAUACAUGACUAGAGUUUUUGUAAAUCGUAGUAGCCCAUUAACACUACAUCUGUCUGCCACUGGUCUGGAUCCAAAAAGGGUACUUCCGGCUAUGCAGCAUACCAAUCUGAUUAUUUCCUUUGAGCCAAUCAAGCUGGAUAUCUGGAGUACACGAUUUGUUGAAGUUGGUUUUGAUCCCAAUCUCUAGUUUUUGGUUUAGUUAUCGCAAAUAAAAUUCGAAUACAUAAAGCAGGGCUGAAUGUAAUAAAUUAAAUGCCCAAUCAAAAAUUAUCAUAGAUUAUAGAUUUAAAAUCUAUCUCUGACAUCAAAAAUCUACAAGAUUAAUAAUUUUAAUACUACCUCAGGGCCUUGUUGACCAGUUUACCUCGUUGUAUUAAAUAAAAAUUAAUUAUUACUAUGUUAA